AUGACCGCCAAGCAAGCUGAAGCAGUUCCACCUGUUUUGAGUGAUGACGAUGUCAGAGAAACCGAUGAUCAGCUGGCCACACCAUCAUCUGCAUCUUUCCAAGACCGACUGAAGAAGUUCCAAUACAGCGAAACGCGGACGGCGCAACGUACCGGACAACCAUCCGGAUCGCCGAUAGAACCUAGAAAACGCAGCAGGACUACUGUGACGGCGGUGGCAAAGAUCGCACCGGAACCUUCUCCACGACCGAAGAAGAAGAGGAAACCCAGCAAAUAUGCUGACCCAUCCAAAUACGCGCAUCUAGCGCCACUGGUCGAUAUACUAGAGCCUAAUCUGAUCUGUGUCUUCGUUGGCACGAAUCCAGGUGUUCAGACGGCCGCUGCAGGGCAUGCUUAUGCGCAUCCCUCGAACCUUUUCUGGAAGCUGCUCCACUCCUCAGGACUUACCGACCGUCGACUGAAACCUGAGGAAGAUCGGAGUCUCCCUGCUCUUUAUUGUAUGGGUAAUACCAAUAUCGUCGAGAGACCCUCCAAAGACGCUGCCGAGCUCUCAAAAGAGGAGACGGCGGCCGGUACAGCACAACUGGAUGCCAAGUUCCUCAAAUACAAGCCAGAGGCUGUGUGCAUAGUAGGCAAGGGUAUCUGGGAAGCCAUCUGGCGGUAUCGCUACGGCAAGAACAUGGGCAAAAAAGAUUUUAAGUAUGGGUGGCAGGAUGAGGAGCACAACAUGGGCAAAAGCGAGGAUGGCCAGGAAGAGCAGGAUGCCGAUGGCAAUGUGUGGAAUGGGUCCAGGGUGUUUGUUACUACGAGUACGAGCGGGCUAGCGGCAAGUCUGAAGCCGGCCGAGAAAGAAGCUAUCUGGAAACCCUUUGGCGAGUGGGUGCAGAAGCGAAGGGCCGAACGGGGCUUUGUGCCUCGGCCAGCGGAGGCAUAG